ACAUUUCACAACCAAGAAUCACCAAACACAACAACAAAAAAAUUGAAUCUGUGGGGGGGGGGGGGGGGGGGGAAGAAAAUUCAGAAUCCAGCUGAUUGAUCAUAUCAUUGCGACAAUGACGGAGGAGGUUUCGUGUUGUCCGCCAAUCUCUCGAUUCAUUCUCGAAAGGUAUUAUCUGGGCUCGAUCUCUUCUUACUAGGCUUGUUGCUGUUGCUGUUGUGAUAGUUGGAUGUCAUUGGAGAAAGGAGGAAACUUUCAGUUCAAAUGUAUAUUUCACGGAUUGGUUUGAGUCGGAGUUUCCCGCCGUUUUCUGGGGGCUAUAGUGAAAUUCUAGGGUUAGGGUUGGACAUCGUCUUUCUCUAGCGUCUUCUCCAAGAUUGCAAUUAGGGAUCUCAUGGCUAAUUGGGAGAUCUGGGAUUUAGGAGAUUGAUCCAAUUCAAAUCAGAACCGGUUUUUGUGAAAUGAAAGGCUCGAUUCUCACUGUUUUGUCAAUGGAGAAUCAUCAUCAUCACCCUUCAACGCACUUAUCCAUGGAUUCCAGUGUCUCCUCCUCUCACGAAGAACUCGAUCUCGAGAUGAUGAACAACGGUAACCGCCAAAUCACUCUUUACAAUCCACCAGACAUCAACCUCCCCUUGUCUGUAGGACGAACCUCCAUGUCGUGGAACUUGGAUUCUUGCGAUAACAUUUUAGACGUUGGCCUCAGCUCGCAUGUCUACGAGACCACCGAGACGUUCCUCAACGUGGUGGCUCCGAGUAAAGUCAGUAAAAAAUGCUUGAAACGAGGGGAUAGCAUGUGGGGAGCUUGGUUCUUCUUCAGCUUCUACUUCAGACCGGCGCUGAACGACAAGUCAAAGUCAAAGGUCGUUAGAGAAGCUGGAGGAGGAGGAGGGUGUUUUACAGGGUUUGAUAAAUCUGAUCUCAAGCUCGAUGUGUUUCUCGUUCAGCACGAUAUGGAGAACAUGUACAUGUGGGCUUUCAAGGAUAAGCCUGAGAACGCGCUCGGGAAAAUGCAGCUGAGGAGCUACAUGAACGGGCACUCUCGUCAGGGGGAGCGUCCGUUUCCAUUUAGCGCAGAGAGAGGGUUUGUUCGGUCUCACAGGAUGCAGAGGAAGCAUUACAGGGGGCUCUCUAACCCUCAGUGUCUUCACGGGAUCGAGUUUGUGGCGUCGCCGAGUCUCUUGUGUGUUAGUGAAGAAGAUAAGAAGAGGUGGAUGGAGCUAACUGGUCGAGAUUUGAAGUUCACUAUCCCUCCUGACGCUAGUGAUUUCGGUUCGUGGAGAAACCUUCCCAACACGGAGUUUGAGCUGCCUCAUGUUGCGAAACCGGGUUUGAGUAACGGUAAGAAGAUUCUUAAUGGUUCGGGGUUGCAUUUGACGAGCAACGCUUCUUUCAGCAGCAAUGGUGACUCAUCAGAAGGAGGCAACAACAGUAAGAAGAGGAAAGAGUUCUUAUCUCCAGGAAGCAGCGAAGAAGAAUGUUGCUUGACUGUGAACAACGUCGAGACCCACCAGCCUGGUUGGGUAAAGGACUUCACUGGAGUGAUGAAGAACGUUCACGGGCCCGCAACUGCGGCCAAGACCAUCUACGAAGACGAAGAAGCUUACCUGGUCGUGGUUACUUUACCAUUUGUGGAUUUGAACAGCGUGAAAGUCUCAUGGAGGAACAGCAUCACGAACGGGAUCGUGAAGGUCACGGGGUCAAGCACGUCGAGGGCUCCUUUGGUGAAGAGGAGGGAGCGUACUUUCAAGCUGGUUGAUCAGACGGCUGAGCAUUGUCCUCCAGGGGAGUUCAUGAGGGAGAUACAGUUGCCGAAUAGGAUACCGGAAGAAGCCAACAUUGAAGCGUAUUUUGAUGGGACAGGACCGGUUCUAGAGAUCCUGGUGCCGAAGCUGAGGGGAGGAGUGGAGGAAGAACACGAGGUUAGGGUUUGUCUAAGGCCACACCACCUCGGAGGGGUUAGUGAGCUCAAGUUGACGUGAUGAAAAGGUGUAACCAUGUUUUUUUAUGUAUCUGUAGUAAAGCAUUUUGUACAUUGGGAAAAUAAGCCAAAGCAAAAGUGCAAAUCCUAAGUGUAACCUAUUGAGAUUUUCUUUUAUUUCUUUUUGGUGUCAGUGUAACUUUUUCAGUUAUAUUUUCUUAGGAUCUGUAA